AGCGGGCGGGGCGCGGGGCGGAGCGGGGCUGCGGGUACCGAGAGCGCAGCGAGCAUCGGGAGCGGUGCGGGGAGAGGAGCAGCGCUGUGCCCGAGAGGGUCCAGUGUGACCAAGGAUGGAGUCCCUCCCUGAAGCAGUGCUGAUCAGAAUCCUGGCUUCCAUACCUGCAGUGGAUCUGGUGCUGGCGUGUCGCCUGGUCUGCUGCCAGUGGAAGAACCUGGUUGAUGGAGCUGCUCUUUGGAUCCUGAAGUGUCAGCAGGAAGGCUUUGCUGGAGCAGAGUCAGAGGAGAACGCAGAGAACUGGCAAAACUUCUACUUCUUGAGUAAGAGAAGAAGAAAUCUCAUCAAGAACCCCUGUGGAGAAGAAGACCUGCAGCACUGGGGAGAUGUUGAGAAUGGAGGUGAUGGCUGGAAAAUUGAAGAGCUCCCUGGGGACUUUGGAAAAGAAUUCCCUAGCGAGGAUGUCCAUAAAUACUUCGUUACGUCUUAUGAGUGGUGUCGAAAGUCUCAGGUCAUUGACCUUAGAGCUGAGGGCUACUGGGAAGAGCUGAUGGAUACAACCCAGCCAAAAGUUGUAGUGAAAGAUUGGUACGCGGGACGCAGUGAUGCCGGCUGCCUCUAUGAGCUGUGUGUGAAGCUGCUGUCAGAGAACGAGGAUGUGUUGGCCGAAUACAAGACUGAGACUAUUGCCAUCCCACAGGACAAUGAUGCCAGCUGGACUGAGAUCUCCUACACCUUUUCUGACUAUGGCCCUGGGGUCCGCUUUGUCCGCUUCGAGCACGGUGGGCAGGACACACUGUUCUGGAAGGGAUGGUAUGGUGUACGUGUUACCAACAGCAGCGUGACAGUAGAACCAUAGUCAAGCUGAACUGGGACCUGCUUGCCAGAGCUGACUUCCCUCAGGCCUCACCCUUGAGCUUUGGGUGGAUUCUGCAUGGUGCUGCUUCUGGGCUGUAGAGCAUAUGGCUCAGGUCUGAACGUGCUUGGCAGAGACCACCAUCCAUCUCACCUUAAUGGUACUAUGCAAAGAAUAGGAACAGACUUACAAGAAUACUGCUGCUAAGCAGUGCUCUGGAUCUCCAUUUCAGUUCUGGGUGAUGAUAAUGCCAAGCAAUGGGGAUUGGAUCCCUUUGUCCUACAGUGUUCUCAACAUCCAUUUAGAGGGGGAAGUGGUGGGAGCUGAAUUCACUUCAAUAUCAUGGUGGUCAUUGGUUGAUGGUUGGAACUGAUGAUCUUAGAGGUCUUUUCCAACUUUAAUGAUUCUAUGAUUCUCCAUGGGGCUUCAUUUGGCUCCUAAAAAGCAGCUGAGGGUAAUUGCUGGGAGAGAGACAAGGAUGUAAGGAAACAGAAGCAAACAGAGGUAAGGGGCCCAAGAGCAGAAAUAGUGCAUCUACCCCUUCCUGGCCUCUGCAUGCUUCAUGCCAAUCUAAUGCUGCUCUUUGCAGGCAGGAGAUUCAUGCAAUAUUCUUCACACAGAAACCUGUCAUUACCUCCAUUUGAUCUCAGUUCUUCCUGCCCGCUAUGUCUGCAGAAAGUACAUAUCUGCCUUUGCUGGAGAUGCUUACCAAGACAGCACUUUGUACAUACGCCCACUAGUGCCUCUUGCUGUCACUCAGGGCUAUGAGCCACCAUCCUUAACAGAGAUAUCUAAGCUUACCUGAGCCAAACCUGUCUCCAGCAGCCUUGGGCACAGCCUUCCAAACCACAGCCAAGCCAGAGUCUGGUGUAAACAUAAUAAAAGGAGCUGUAUGUGGAUCUUU